CCUUGGACAGUGACACAGUCUCAGACUCGGAGCUUAAGGCGUCCGCAUCCAAGCAGAAGGAGGAGGAAUGUCGUCGCUGCGUGUGCGCACGAAGAACAAGCUGCUGACUGUGCUGGGUGCAGCCAAGCCCAGCACGAACGUGGCGUAUGACUUGGCCUAUUCGGACUUCGAGUCGACUCUGCAGCGACUGACGACGUUGGACUCGGCUUUGAAGAGUUACGCCGGGACGCUCAGAACUUUCCACGCCACGGCGAGUUCCGUGGUCGGCGCCAUCGACAGUCUGUCGUCCGGUGUCUCUGGCACUGCCAGUCUCCAGCAGAAACCUUCGGGAGCUUCGGAGAUGCAACAGUUCGCAGGUGAAGCUCGUGUGGCUUGCGCUGAUGUGGAUAUGGUGGUACUUCAAGAAGCCUACGGGCGACUGGAGCAAGAAGUUCUGAUUCCAGUCAAAGGCUGGCUGAAACAUGCUCAGAACCUUCAGAAUGAAGUGACAGCUUUCCAGCAACAGAAAGCGCUCUACGAUCACUAUGCACGUAAAGUAGCGGGGCUGCGCGAAUCGCACGAGAAGCGAGCCAGCACUGGUAAAUCCGAAAAGACUAAGGACACGGAACGGAUGUUCCGUAACGAGCAGAAGCUCGCAGCCACAACGCAGGAGUACACACGACUCUCCGACACGGUAAUUCGCGACCUCCGUGCUUUCGUCAUGUCUCGAGACGCUGCACUCGCUCCACUACUUCGUCGUGUGCUGCGUGGCCGCGUCGCUUACGCUGAGCGCAUGCAUGAAGCGACUGGUCGCAUUCGUUCUUUGGUCGAGGAUGGCGAAGACGAGGGCGAAGACGGCGGCGUGCUGGCUCAAUUCAUGACUGUGGCCCAGAAUGGCGCUCGUGUCGGGUCUGAAGCCAUUAUGGCAGCAGCUACUUCCCCACUUCCGGCCCAUUGCACAGUUCGCAAGUCUUCAUUUGAGGCGUUCGUGGGCGAAUCGCCGCCGUAUGGGUCGCCUCUUAGUAGUCCACAAAACAAGGCUUCGUCUAUGGAUAAUGGGUGGGAUGCGUUCGUCGCGCCCCCGCCACCUCCACCCGAGAAUGAGAUGCAGAUGCCGUCGCCUACCAACGGAGGCUUCGCGUUCCCAGAGCCCAACUACACUCCACCACACGGUAUUCCGCAGUUUAUGACUGUGAACGCCCCUUCGAGCCCAGCGAAUCGAUCUUGGAAUAACGAGUUCUCCGCUCCAGUGUUCUCGACUCUGCCGUCUCCUACUUCGGUAGCAGCAACCCCCUGGGACGCUUUCCCCCCUGCGUCCGCUCCACCAGAUGAUACAUUUGCAAGCGGGCAAUGGGGAGUUACAGAUCAGAAUCGGUUCCAGCAACAACAGCAAUUUCCAGUGGCUGAGUUCCGCGAUAUGCAUUUGAAUGCACUAGGAGGUGAGGUCAGCUCUUUUCACUAG